UCCACAAGGAAACCGCGCACCCCUCGACCCGGACUCCCGGACCCGCUGCUCAGCGUCCGCCUCCGGGCUCUUUGAAGGCGGACCCGUCGGUGCCAUGGAGCCCCGGCCGGCCCGGUGCUGAGCGGCGCGAGGAGCAUCCACCCCGGCCUGAACGCACCGCUGCUCCACAGCAGACACGCAGGCAGACUCGCGCGCGCCGAGUCAUGGAGGCGAUCUGGCUGUACCAGUUCCGGCUGAUCGUCAUCGGGGACUCCACGGUGGGCAAGUCGUGCCUGAUCCGCCGCUUCACGGAGGGCCGCUUCGCCCAGGUGUCCGACCCCACGGUGGGCGUGGACUUCUUCUCCCGCCUGGUGGAGAUCGAGCCGGGCAAGAGGAUCAAGCUGCAGAUCUGGGACACCGCGGGGCAGGAGCGCUUCAGGUCCAUCACCAGGGCUUACUACCGCAACUCCGUGGGCGGCCUCCUCCUCUUCGACAUCACCAACCGCCGCUCCUUCCAGAACGUCCACGACUGGCUGGAGGAGGCCCGCAGCCACGUGCAGCCGCACAGCAUCGUCUUCCUGCUGGUGGGCCACAAGUGUGACCUGGAGGCUCAGCGGCAGGUGACCCGCCAGGAAGCGGAGAAGCUGGCGGGGGCGUACGGGAUGCGCUACGUGGAGACGUCGGCCCGCGACGCCACCAACGUGGAGCACGCCUUCACCGAGCUGACCAGGGACAUCUUCGCCCUGGUGCGGUCCGGAGACAUCACCAUCCAGGAGGGCUGGGAGGGCGUGAAGAGCGGCUUCGUCCCCAACGUCGUUCACUCUUCGGAGGAAGUGACCAAGAGCGACCGCCGCUGUCUGUGUUGA